AAAUUAAAUACCCAGAAAAUUUCUUCUUGCUGCGAGGAAAUCAUGAAUGUGAGACCAUUUGCACCACGUAUGGAUUUUACGAUGAAUGUAAACGACGGUAUAAUACCAAGCUCUUCAAACAUUUCUGUGAUGUUUUCGCCUGUCUACCUAUGGCGGCGGUGAUUGAAGAUAAGAUAUUUUGUUGUCACGGAGGACUCAGUCCAGAACUAAAGGAAUUGUCACAGAUAAAGAAUCUGAAAAGACCAUUGCAUGAUCCCAUUUCACAUGGUUUAACAUGUGAUUUGCUAUGGUCUGAUCCGGACAAAAACAUUCACGGCUGGGCCGAGAGCGAUAGAGGGAUCUCUUUCACUUUUGGUGAAGAUGUGCUUGCGAAGUUCUUGAAAAAGCACGAUUUUGAUUUAGUUCUACGUGCACAUCAAGUAGUGGAAGAUGGUUAUGAGUUUUUUGGCAAUCGAAAACUGGUUACACUCUUUUCCGCACCAAAUUAUUGUGAAUUUGAUAAUGCAGCCGCGCUUCUGACGAUUGACGAGGAGUUAAUGUGCACGUUUCAAAUAUUAACAAAAAGAGAAAAAACAAAGUAGACACUAUGAUAACGAAGACUCUUCGUGCAUAUUUUCCUUUUGGAAAAUGUCAGCAUACAUCGGAAAUGUUUGCGGGGGCGCAGGCUCCUCGGCACGUACCUUCCUUACUCGUUUAGAUAUAAUUCCAAACAGCACCAACCCGCUGGUCCCUAGGAUACACAGGCC